AUGGUAUAUGAGGGAAAACCAAGUACGGGGUGUAAGCUUUGCAGAAAGCGCAAGAUCAGGUGUGACGAAGCGAAACCUGGAUGCAAAAGAUGCAUGAUCUACGGACAAGAAUGCCCUGGAUAUGCGGAUACAUUUGUAUGGCGAUCGGAGAAACCUAACAAACGAGAUCCCAGGAAAGCGUGCAAGAAGAAGAAUAGGAAGGACACCGGUGAUGUGCUUUGUAUCAGGUCCAAACCUGAAUAUUCGUCAGACGAACACUCCCACGGAGACUCAAAUGGCUCGCCAAGCUCAUCUCAAGGCAUUUCGACCACUCCGCUCCCAACUCGACCUAUACCAUAUUCGCUGAGUUCUCUAGAGCAGCAGGCGCUCGGGUUCUUCUGUCAUCAACAUAUCUUACCUGCCGAAGAAGGAAUACCGUCGGGGCACUUAUCGCAUCUUCCGGAACUAUACGUCCAACGCUGGCAUUCUGAUUGUUUUCAAAAUGCAAUGCUCAGCGUGUCGUACUUGACGCUGUUUAACUCGACCGGUUUCAAGCCGCUUUAUAUCGGAGCUCGGAAAUAUUAUGGUAAGGCUAUGGUGGCCCUGAGAGAUGCUCUACGGUGCCCUGUGGCAGUUUUGGAGGAUGCGACCCUUGCUUCUGCGUUGGUGUUGAGUAUGUUUGUGGAUUUUUCCGGGGAACGAGAGCAACUUUACAACUCCCAUACGCCAGGAAUACACGCUUUGGUUCACAUUCGAGGAAGGGAACAGUUCAGCACACCUCGCGGAAAAGCUUUAUUUGGCUGGUCCUUCACGCAGCUGCAAAUCCAAGCAGUUGCGACCGGACAGGCCAAAUAUGCCCAUUUCGAGCCUCUUCUCAACAAUAUCAUGCCUUGCGAUGGUGAUAUGCUCACAGGCGUCGAACUACUUUCCAACAGAAUACUGUCCCACCGUCGAAGAUUCAUAGAGCUCUUGAAUAUGGAUUCCGAAGCAUUGGCAGAUCUCAUCGCUCAUUCAAUUGAUAUGCGAGAGAGGAUAUGCAGUCUUGUGUCGGAUGCGCGGGAUAUUUUGAGACAGAUUAAUGAGUGGGAGGACGAGGCACCCGAGCAUUGGAAACUAACCAGGUCCAAUUGUCUGCCACGAAGUCGGUGGGCAGCGGGGUUUCUAGCUCUGGUUCGUGCCAUUCAAACGGUAUUCUACCUCAGCAUGCUAGAUUUGUGCAAUCUUGUCGACCGGACCGACUUGAUCGACUGCCCUGACAUGAAUAUUCCGGCCGUGGUCGACAUGCUCGAGAAUCAAAUCAAAUGUCUACUCGACGAUAUCUGUGAUAACAUCACACCAGCACUCAGAAACAUACCAGAACAGACUUCACCGAGGUCACUCGAUAUAGGCAGUUCCGCAGGGGGGUAUCUCAUACUUUGGCCUAUGUGGUUUGUGUGCAACUGUCUAUAUUCUUCACCCGAACAGGUAUCUCAGAGCCGAACUACCUUACAACAGAUCGGCGAGAAGGUGGGAAACAAGCUCGCAUUUUCCCUAUUGAACCAACAAGUUUCUUUCACACAAUUGCAUACUGCAACUCUCAUUUCUUGA